AUGGAGUGUCCCAAGACUUACAUCAAUAAAGGUGACCUAAAACAGCAUCUUUCCAGUGCUCAUCCAAUAGCUACUUGCACUCCAGAACCACAACCUGUAAGUCACCCACUACAAGAACCUCCUUCACAGCAACAACCAGCACCUCAUCCACCACCAGAACCUCCUUCACAGAAACAACCAGCACCUCAUCCACCACCAGAACCUCCUUCACAGAAACAACCAGCACCUCAUCCACCACCAGAACCUCCUUCACAGAAACAACCAGCACCUCAUCCACCACCAGAACCUCCUUCACAGAAACAACCAGCAUCUCAACCACAAGAACUUGAUUUGCAGCAAGCAGCACCUCCAGCGAUUGAGAGAAAGCAGAACUCUGUGCAGGGUCCUAGUAGGUGUCCCAAGACUUACAUCAAUAAAGGUGACCUAAAACAGCAUCUUUCCAGUGCUCAUCCAAUAGCUACUUGCACUCCAGAACCACAACCUGUAAGUCACCCACUACAAGAACCUCCUUCACAGCAACAACCAGCACCUCAUCCACCACCAGAACCUCCUUCACAGAAACAACCAGCACCUCAUCCACCACCAGAACCUCCUGAACCUCCUUCACAGCAACAGCCAGCAUCUCAUCCACCACCAGAACCUCCUUCACAGAAACAACCAGCAUCUCAACCACAAGAACUUGAUUUGCAGCAAGCAGCACCUCAUCCACAAGAAUUAGCAGCUUGUCCAGCGAUUGAGAGAAAGCAAACCUCUUUUCAGUUUCCACGUAGGCACAUCACAGUUAAGCAGAGAGGGCAAGAGCCUCGACCGCGACGCUGCCGUACAGAUGCUACUUUAUUCACAUGCCCCUUCUGCACAACUGAUGUAUGUAAGCCAAGACAGUACCAUCAAAUAAUGACCCAUAUAGCUGGCCAUAAACUGAGAGCGGUUGAAUAUGGAGAUUAUGUUAUGUACAGCUGUAACAUUGGCUGUGGUCAAAAGGCCAGACAUUUUCACUGCUGCAAGUGUCCCAAGACGUACAUCAAUAAAAGUGAUCUAAAAAGGCAUCUUUGCAGUGCUCAUCCAAUGGCUCCAGAAACACAACCUGUAGGUCGCCCACUACAAGCACCUUCUUUACAGCAACCUGCACCUUGUCCAUCGGAAUUAGCAGCUCAUCCAGGGAUGGCUAAAAGAAAGCAAAUCUCCAUGCAAUGUCCUCACUGCGGGCUCAGUCUUAAUUCUAAAAAUGUAAAGAAACACAUUGAGCGGAAGCAUCAUGAAGCCUUGCAUCCCGUAACUUCAGUUCUACCAGCACAGUGUGUCGAUAAAAAGAAUGGACUAUAUGUUGUAUCAGAAUCAUUUUGUAAGUCCUGUACCCUCAUCCAUGUGGUAAAAUUUUUUUGGGGUUCAUCCCACAAGGUUAUGUGUGAAAUGGAUAUUUGCAACAGUCGUGUUGAAAUGGCACAAAGGAGUGAACUUUUGGUUGCACAAUGUGUGCAUCUAAGCUCAGUAGACUACACCUGUGCUGUUGCACCGAGUGAGGAUUUAUCAGAGCAUGUGUUGACUGAGAUGGUGGAGCGAAAAUGGAUUGGGGACAUAAGGAAGAAACGAUGCCUUAAGCUGCAACAUCAGGCUAAAAGUAAAGGUGCCACAUUUACUAGCCUUGUUACAAUAGGAGGCCCCGACUACAUGUAUUAUAUAUCAAUUUAUGAGCCAAAGGUGUCACAUUACAGUAAACUGGGCAGAGUCUUGGUGAAUUACAAUGCCAAGAUAAACACUUGGAAUUGCCCUUGUAGCAAAGGUAGAAAAUCAUGCCUGCACAAGAGUAUUGCAAAGUGGUGUCUCUAUCAAAUGAAGAAGCAGCUCUUCAAAAACCUGCCUGAAACAGAGGAAGGAAUCGAACCAGCGCAACGUGAGGACCUGGCUUCCAAAAAUGGGUGCCCACGUCUGGUUAGCGGAGACAUCUCAGCCCAAAAGAAAAACUGAUUCUGACCCACAACGAACGGACACUGCAAGUAGAUUAUUCUACUGAUAUUAGUGAACAUAGAAAACAAAGACAACAUGAAUGUAAAAUGAAGAAAAUAAGGAAAUCCAAAGUUCAAUUAUUUCAAUAUUGAUUUAAUGAUUAAUUGGUGAUUGAGUAAUUGCUGUUAAUAACAUCAAUUAAGCGUAUUAAUUGUCGAUUAAUCAAGCUCUACACAAACAUUGUGUUCAUGAAACUACAGCUACUAUUCAGCAAAGGGGAGAACAAAGAGACUGUUAGCUUUUUAAAAAUGCAUCACCAUAACAGAUCCAACAGUGUUAUCCCCCUUUGUGUUUUUCAACUAUUAGCAAAGCCAAACACACAUUUAUAUCUGUUAAUGGAGGAAGACUAGCGUACAUUAAAAAAUAUA